CAGAGCCAGUAUGUAAAAAAAGAAGAAGAAAAAGAAGAUGGAGAAAGCGAAUGUCCUAGAAGAUAAUUUUAACUUUUUGCAUCAAGAAACAACUGAUUCAGGCAUAUAAACCAACGGAACUUAUUUUAAUUUAAAACACGAGUCGUUGAUUAUUAUUUUUUUAAAUAACAUCCUGCGAUGUCUGAUGGUCACAGAAAAUCUAACAAACAAUAUCCUGGAAGUGUCCCAAAAGUUAAAUAUUCCAACAACACAUGUUCUAGAAACGAUGAACGCAGAUCGAACGCACCGUCUACUUCUUGGCAUUUUUUUCCUGAUUCGACAAAUUUUAUACGAAACCCACGAAGACUCCAGGGCAAUAAUCAUUUUAUGAUGGAUAUAGUGCUUGAUCAACCUAAUGUAACAUCAGAUGUAAGAAAUGGGAUUGUUGGGUAUCCUAAUGGAAAUAUAACAACUCCUGGCACAAGUUCGUCAACAUCAAGAAGAAAUUCAACAUCAUCUGUGUUAAAAUGUGAUAAUGUUACUAAGUAUCCAGAUAAAAAGCAAAUUGAGGACAAGCUUUGCCAAAUUCGGGAGUAUCUGCAGAUAAUAAAUUCUAUGAUGAUAAAUGCCAAAAAUGUUGAAGAACAGAUUGAUGAUAUAGCAAAAAAGGAUUGUUUAAUGAAAAUGCAAAAUGAUUUGAUAGAUAGUGAGGCAAAAUUGGUUAAUUUAUUAGAAGUAAUAUCAAAACAAUGCACAGAUAAUAGAAAUGAUAAUUUUCAGAUUUCUGGCAAUGUGGAAAACGGUUUAGAAAAUGAUGCAGGUCCCUCUCGGAGAAACGACUCCGAUGUUAAUGUUUUAGACAACCAGGAACUGGAUUUUCUGCGAGAACAACAAUUGUCAUUGCUAAAGUUACAACAAAAGGCUGAGAAUAGGUUACGGGAUGCAAGGCUAGUUCAAGAAAAGAUGUUUGCUCAAGCAGGUACCAGUAACGAAAUAAAUUUGUCGAAUCAGAAAGACAACAAAAACAUGUCUCUUUCUGAUUUUGAUGCGGCUAUUAAGGAACUGGAAGAAAGAGCAAAACAUUUACAUCCAACUCGACAAACGAUGAACACUUCCGAUCGAUUAAUGCAUGAGGUUGAAAGUCUACAGAAUAAAAUAAUCGAUAUGCGAACUGCAAACAACGAAAGGGAGCAACUGAUUCAGGUUUUGGACAGCCGCGAUACAGAAUUGAAAAGCCAACAAGCCGAACUUCAAAGUAAAUUGGCUGAAUUGCAAACCAAAAAGAACCAAGUGGACCAGUUAGCGGUGCAGCUGCAAGCCUACGAUGAAGACGAUGAGGACGUCGGUAUUCAGGUGCGCAAGAUUGUCACAAUGAAAGACCAACUGACAAAAUUGAAAGAUAUGUUGGAGAUUGUAAAAACUACUGAGAACGCCAUGAUGGGUGGUAAUGUGUCUUCGGAGGCGCGGACAGCCGCUAACGAAAUAUGCCAAACUGCAGAACACUUUUUGCAAAAUCAGUUUGAGAAGGCCAGAGUUGGACAGAGUGAUGGUAACAACGGUAUGAGGUUCGAGAAUAACACGUCAGCUGAAGGACGUCAGAAACAAACGAACACCAAUUCUAGAAUACAGAAUUUACCGAGAAAUAAAUCCAGCGCGGGCAGUAUCAAUGAGAAAAUUGCCUUGCAAGCUGAGCUAGAGGCAAAAAAGAAAGAGCUGGAGGAAAUUAUGGGAAAACACAAGGCGGGAACUUCCAAUUUAAAUCAUGACAUAGGAAAUGACAGUAAAUCAGAAUAUAGCUGUGUGAGCAACAGCGUUCCAAUGAAUGAACGCUACUGGAAAUCUUCAAUGCCGUCUCAUAGUCGAGACCAAGGCAGCGAAGCCUUUUCCAGCGACGAAUGUGACGAAAAUGAAUACUCGGAGGUACACGAAAAUGCGAAUCUCUUACCCUCCCAUCAGGUCAAUUAUUUCCCCGUUAAUUUGUCAAAACCUAGAUGUGACUCGGAAUAUGACAUAUCAACGGAGCAGUUGCAUAGCUUUUCUCACACACCCGAUAGAAACAUUAGGAGUAUUUCUGUAACGGCAUCUGACUUAGUGAGGGAGCAGUCCAUAACCAACAAUAUUGAUCAGGAGAAGCUUCAUAAACAGCUUCAGCUCAUCAAGAGUGUAUGCGAUUCAAUGAUGGAGCAGCAAACUAACGCGAGUCAGCAACAACCCGUCUUCCAGCAGGUUAGGAACAAUAUUACUCCAUCAUCUGGUUAUGCCGAAACUCAGCGUUACUCUGCCAAUGCAGUCCUUAACACAGAGGUUCCGUGGUAUUCUGGACAAAAUAUCAAUGGUCAAAAUGAUAUAACAAACUACCCAAAUUGGUUGGCCACCAAUACAUUGCAAACGCAAUCCUUUAUGUUGAACACCUUGAACCAAUGUUGCCAGAUGUUGUGGCUACAACAGAGGGAGUUGGUAGCAUUGCGGAACUCAGUGACAGCACUACAAGAAAAGAUAGAAAGCCCGUACCACAACCAAGAACACCAACCGGUUCCACCCGCUCCGCAUCAUCCUUCUCCGUUAGAUCAUAAUCGUGCCUCGAAUCUCUUCCGACCUAACGUUGCUCAGAAAACUAACCAAGUGUCGGCCGCUUACUCGAUGCCCAACUUAAACCAUUACAAUGUCGCCCACUCCAACAUUGACAUACCCUAUGCUAACCUUAAUAACGUAUCAAGCAGUCGCCUCUUGGAUAGCUGUCUGAACAAUACCGGUCCGUCGGUGAUUGCUGUUGAUCACUCCAAUAACAUGCUGCACGCUAUGAACUCUAACAUGAGUCAUCACGUAUGGAACGGUCAAGCUUUGAAUAACCAAGUUGCCCCGGGCAAUCGCGCCAACAAUUACUGGGAUAACUUUCGGAGUUAUUCUCGUCAAAAUCUGCUGUCCACCAAAAAUUCGGAAUGCUUUCAAAAUUCCGGCUCUGAACGAACAAAUCCUUUUGCUGUGCCCUCAACAUCAAAAAGCAAUUCAGAGCACUCUCCUGGAACAUCACACGAGAAUACACCUCAGCGAAAUGUAAUAUAUAAUUUACCAACGCAUCUGCCCAAUGUUAAGAUACCCACUGUGCCGCCUGACGUUUUAAACGUCAAUCAGAGUGCCAGUACUUCCAAGUUGUAUGACAGAGGGGAAUAUUCUGCUGGCAGCACUCAAGGCCAGACUGAUGCUGCUGACGGAGGUUUACAUGCGUUGUUGAAUCUUAAUUCCCUGAACGAAAGCAGUUCAGCGAGUGAUGGUCACCAGUGUAAAUUUGAAUCACACAACUCUGAUUUCCAGUCAAAAAAGAAUAAAUCAUUUGAUGAACUGAAGGAAAACGUAUACAGGGAGGUUUGUUCCUUGAUUUCGGCGAACGAAGCGCAGCCGCACUUUCUUAUACAGCUGUUUCGGGAUUUGCAAAAAAUUGGCUCAGAUUCGUUGCGCUUCAAAAUACUCCAGUCAGUGCAGAACAUUUUGACUCAAUCACUCGCGAUUCAACCCACAUCAAAUAGACAGGGACGAGAAAGUGAUGUGUUGGUACCUCCAGAGAGUUUCCACUUACAUUCCGCUUUUUUGUCAAUGCCCCCAACUGCUGCCGGGUGUGUGGAGAGGGACGAGCUUUUGAUUAAAAAUUUCUCAAAAGAGAUUUUGUCCUUUCUGGAAGUUCAUGACAGCGAUAUUGUCAGCAGUCUUUUUUUGGGUAACUUGAAGCAGAUGUUCAUGGGACUAGAAUCGUUUAGAGACACAUUGAAAGAUACAGUAUUCCAGCGUCAUUUCUCGAAUGUUUUAGAUGAAGUUCUGGAACAGUAUCAUGGUAAAAGAGUGCACGAUGUGCGAGGCCACUUGAUUCAAACCCUCAGAGACCUUCUGCAAGGUGAACUUUCCUUCAUUCAUUUGAUUCAGGAAGCCAACUUCGAUGGUAACCUCCAACCAGAAAGGAAGGACUCGUCUCAUUCGAGCAUGUCCUUUAAUGCAGACUCGGUGCUCUUCAGCAGCCCUGGCCCAUCACAAAAUGUAGAGAGUAAUAUACAAAACGGCGAUUUAGCGGAAGCUGACCAGAGUAGAGUUGAGGAAAGUGAUACAGAAGAAGUUGGCUUGUUUGAGCCCAAUGAAAUCGUGGUGGAGGCAAAUGUUGAGGAGGUUCUAAAUAUCCAAGAUUUUUCAUCCCAAAAUGAGGGACUGGAUCAGGUUCCUACUAGACUUUUGACCAAAUCAAAAUCGCGUUCAACGACUCCCAUUAAGGAUCGACCCACAUCCUCCCAACUCGAUCAUCAAGAACCCUAUUAGCUUGAUAGUAUUUAUUUUAUGUUGUUUUAUCAUAGCAAUACUUGAAGUAAAUAAAAACACAUGAUUUUAAC